CUGAGGGCAGAGGCACCCGAACGCUGCAGCAAAGAUGGAGGCCAUCAAGAAGAAGAUGCAGAUGCUGAAGCUGGACAAGGAGAACGCCCUGGACCGGGCAGAGCAGGCUGAGACUGAGCAGAAGCAGGCAGAGGAGAGGAGCAAACAGCUGGAGGAUGAGCUGGCAGCCAUGCAGAAGAAGCUGAAGGGGACUGAGGACGAGCUGGACAAAUACUUGGAGUCUCUGAAGGAUGCCCAGGAGAAGCUGGAACUGGCAGAGAAGAAGGCAGCUGACGCUGAAGCAGAAGUGGCAUCCCUGAACCGACGUAUCCAGCUGGUUGAGGAGGAGUUGGACAGAGCCCAGGAGCGUCUUGCCACAGCGCUCCAGAAGCUGGAGGAGGCUGAAAAAGCUGCUGAUGAGAGUGAACGGGGCAUGAAGGUGAUUGAAAACAGAGCCCUGAAGGAUGAGGAGAAGAUGGAGCUGCAGGAGAUCCAGCUCAAGGAGGCCAAGCACAUUGCAGAGGAGGCUGACAGGAAGUAUGAAGAGGUUGCCCGGAAGCUGGUGAUCAUUGAAGGAGACCUGGAGCGCACUGAGGAGAGGGCUGAGCUUGCAGAGUCCAAAUGUUCCGAGCUGGAGGAGGAGCUGAAGAAUGUCACGAACAAUCUCAAGUCUCUUGAGGCCCAGGCUGAGAAGUACUCCCAAAAAGAGGACAAAUAUGAAGAGGAGAUCAAGAUCCUGACCGACAAACUCAAGGAGGCGGAGACCCGUGCUGAAUUCGCUGAGCGAUCAGUAGCCAAACUGGAGAAGACCAUUGAUGACUUGGAAGAUAAACUGAAAUCCACCAAAGAGGAGCAUCUCUGCACGCAAAGAAUGCUGGACCAGACCCUGCUAGACCUGAACGAAAUGUAAAGGACCCCUGCCACGCCUCUGCCACGCUGCUGGGCCAGCCCAUCCGGUGCUGACCUGUAACCCUGGGCUUCACCGUUUACCUUCCUGUUGCCAAUUCAGCCAAACACAUUCCGCCAGCUUGCCCAAGGGUUAAAGGUCACCAGGUUGGGCAGAGCCUUAAACAGCUUCAUUAAGGGAAAUAAAGCAAUGCAAUAAUGUUUGGAGAGCACGUCUGAGAUUGCACAUGUUUUGUAACAACCUCUUUUGUAGUGGCCACUGUAAAUGUUCCGUGUAGCCUGGGGGGAGGGGGCUCACAAGCAACAUGGGAAGCUCACGGCUUUACAAUUUGAUACUAACCUUGUGUCUGUAAGCUCCGCUCCUCUCUGCCUCUGCAGCAGGGAGGGGAAGGGGGACCAUUCCUAUAAGCCUGCCUGGAAAUGCAGGCCCUGUGGGGGAACCAUGCUCCAUCUGCAUAGGGCUAGUGGGAAUUGGAACUCACAGGAGCUGUUUGCCAAAAAGUGCAGUGCAGUCUCAGCUUUAAGGUAACUCCCCUCCUGUCCCAGAGCCAGGGGCCACAGCCAAGUUGGGGUUCCUCCUUUUUUUUAAGACCAAACCUGUUCUUUAAAUGUGAGAAUUAGUUGCAUGGACCUUUUUAUACCCUGUGUGGCCCAGUCCCCCUCUCUAGGCUACUAACAAACAUAAAAGCAGGCAGCUCCUCUAGCCCAUUGCUUCCACUGGGGUUGAAUUUGCCUUCAUUAAGUGCUGUGGCACCAAGCUUUGUCACUCAUCAUUGGGCAGACACGUUCAUAGCUUAAAUACAAAAAUGUUUCUUGUUCAAAGAGUUGCUUUUUCUGUGAGGGGAUCCCUUCCUGCCAGGAGCACUCUUGAUGUCUUAACUGGGUACAAGCCAUCCUGCAGCGUAUUACUGAAGCUCAGUUGUGUUGUGAGGUGCGCGCGCUGCGGUCAGUGUGAGGUUUGCAUUGUGUAGCUCAUCGGCUCGAGCGCUCCUUGGCUGUUCGUGGUUUUAGGGGCCAACUGCAGAAAAACCAUAUCAAGUGUUUUGAUACUAAAAUUUGAAAAUUGUCUUAAUGUCUUUUGAAAUAAAAGAACCAUUCCCUCCA